UUUCCACUUCUUUUUAUACUCCUCCUCCUCUUCCUAAUCAACAUCAUCUUCCUCUUCCUUCUCCUCCUCUUUCUCUUUCUUCUCUUUUUACUCCUCUUCAUUUUUUGCCGUCUUCUUUUGCCUUUUCUCCUACGUUUGCCGCCAAUUCACGGUGCAGCCUCCGACGCCAAAGAGGCCAAUUCACCGCCUCGGCUGAUCGGAGUAGGCCUGCCCGAGGCGAGGAGCCUAAACGAGGGCGAUAGACUCGAGCUGUACUGUCGCAUGACUGGCGAUCCGAAGCCUACCACAUGUUGGAUCAAGGACGGCAUGUGGAGGCUGGAGUCGAACGGAUCCGACCUUGAGGUGAGUCAUUCCGAGGCUAUAUCGACGGAUCAUCAUCGAUGA